AUGGGCCCAGAUGCAGCAGCUCCUCAGUUUGCUUCCAAAUUUGGCGUCUUCCUCAGCUCCAGCUUCGUCGGCGGUUUCUACAGCAGCUCCCACUUCCUUGGCGGCACCGGCUAUGCCUUCCUUGACAUCCGAUUCCUUGGCGGCACCGGCAACGGCUCCCUCCCCAGCGAAUUCAACUCCUCCUUCACCUGUUCUUGGCCCUUGGUCGCCAGGGUAGGACGAGCUCCCAACAGAAUCAACAGUCCCACCGAUCCAAAUUUAGUGAUCAACGUUGAGACUUACAACUAUUGCACAGGUCGUUAG